CGGGGAUUCGGGUCCUGCCUCAGCAUCGCGCCGGGGCCGCGCUGCCCGUGCCGGCCCAGAGCCCCCGGAGCCCGCUCGGUCUAGUCCAUGCAGGAGCUGAGCUGGGAUGGAGCAGGACUCACGUGCCACGUGGGAGUUCAAUGGCUCCUUCCAUCAGCCUUCAGCUUUCCUCAUGCUGGGCAUCCCAGGCCUGGAAGCCCUUCACCCCUGGAUCUCCAUCCCUUUCUGUGCUCUCUACCUCACUGCUCUCUUGGGGAACUGCAUGAUCCUGUUCAUCAUCAGGAGGACCCAAAGUCUCCACGAGCCAAUGUACUACUUCCUGUGCAUGCUGGCGGUCACCGACCUGGGCCUGGCCCUGUGCACCCUGCCCACCACGCUGGGGCUCUUCUGGUUCAACCUGCGCAGCAUCGGCUUCGAUGCCUGCCUCGCCCAGAUGUACUUCAUCCACAUCCUGUCCUUCAUCGAGUCCUCCGUGCUCCUGGCCAUGGCCUUCGACCGCUUCAUUGCCAUCUCCCGCCCCCUGAGACACCCCUCCAUCCUGACCAAGGCCACUGUCACAAAGAUAGGCCUGGCCAUCGUGCUCAGGGGGAUGGUCUCCCUCCUUCCCAUUCCCUUCCUGCUCAAGAGACUGACCUACUGCGGGAAGACGGAGCUGUCCCACUCCUUCUGCUUCCAUCCCGACAUCAUGAACCUGGCGUGUGCAGAUAUAAAGGUCAAUGUCUUCUAUGGCAUGAUCAUUCUCUUGUCCACGGUGGGGAUGGACUUCAUCUUCAUCGUGCUGUCCUACAUCCUCAUCAUCAAAACUGUCGUCAGCCUGGCAACCAAGGAGGAGUGUCUCAAGGCCCUGAACACGUGUGUGUCCCACAUCUGUGCUGUCCUGGUGUUCUUCAUCCCCAUGAUCGGCCUGUCCAUGAUCCACCGCUUUGGGAAGAACGUUCCCCCUCUGGUGAACACUUUGGUGGCCUACACCUACCUCCUCAUCCCCCCCGCCCUGAACCCCGUCAUCUACAGCAUCAAGUCCAGCCACAUCCGCGAGGCUCUGCUCAGGGCCCUGCGCAGGAGCAGUGGGGCUGACUGGUAGCUUCCCCCACCAGCUCUGCCAGAAAGUGCUGCUGGACUGGCUUCUCGGUCAGGGACAGCAGACUGGUUUCUUGGUCAGACCUGUUCACUGCUUUCUUGGUCAGAGCUCUUGGACUGGUUUCUUGGUCAGACCUGGUUCACUGGUUUCUUGGUCAGAGCUGCUGGACUGGUGUCUUGGUCAGAGCUGCUGGACUGGUGUCUUGGUCAGAGCUCUUGGGCUGGUGUCUUGGUCAGAGCUCUUGGACUGGUGUCUUGGUCAGAGCUCUUGGACUGGUGUCUUGGUCAGAGCUGCUGGACUGCUUUCUUGGUCAGAGAUGCUGGACUGGCAUCUUGGUCAGAGCUCUUGGACUGAUUUCUCUCAGAGCUGGUGGGCUGGUUCCUUGGUGCUCCGUGCACACAGCAGGUCACUGCCAGAGGAAAGAGCUGCAGAUCCACUCAGAUGCUGUCUCCCAACCCAGAGCUGUGACCUUCCCUGCUGUGUCCCAGCAUGAUGCCUUCAUCCCUUCCAGCAGCCUGUGAACACCCGGAGCAUUAAUGGAACCCCAGUGAGAGGGAGACAAUUAAAGAAACAUGGACUGCAUGACUUUGUCUUUCCAAGUCUUGGGGGGGGAAUCGAGGAACCUCUAUCACAUGUGAGACAAACUCGUAGCAGAUAACAGGGUGUGACCUUCACUGAGAGACCCUUGCAUGGGGUCAUUGUCCCCUCCCCACCUGCCACAGCAGCAAACUCCACAGGACAGGGCUUGGGCCAGGAGCUGGGAGCCACCCUGGCUGUCCCAGCCCUUGGCUGUUCAGCUGGAAACAUCCCCCAGGGUGCAGCUCAGUCCAGAGCCUGAGCACAGAGCAGUUCUGGCCAGGUCCUGCUGAGGGGGCCUGGACACUCCCAGCCUCCAUCCGUCUCUGAAGUGCUGUGUUGUGCUGCUUGGGGCAGGGGUUGAGUUAAUUUAGUCACAGGGGCUGGUGUGGGGCUGUGUUUGUUUUGUGCUGAACACAGGGCUGAGAACACAGAUGGUUUUGUUAGUGCUGAGCUCACCCAGAGCCAAGGCCUUUCCUGCCCCUGGUACAGCCCCACUGGGGAGAUGGGUGGGCUGGGGGUGUGGGAAGUUUGGAGGAAAGACAACUGGGACAGGUGGCCCCAACUGAGCCAGGGGAUAUUCCAGACCAGAG